CUACUUUGUACAGGGACGUCACGGAGCGGUGCGCAUUCAUCUGCUGAACGGGUCAGAAUCUCGACAAUUGCGCACGGACCUCAUCUGCAAGGGGAGUCUAGCGCCGGCGGGAGAUCACUCUCCAGCUUCAACGGCCAACGGUCAUCUAGAUCCCUCUGACGUUUCGGGGAUUGAGCUGCACAGACACACGGAAUGCAGGAGGACGGGCUGUGUGUGCUGGGUGUGCUGACAUCUGAGCAUUCGCCGCUUGUCUGCCACCCUUGUUACACUCCACACAGCCAUCAACCAUCACCUCCUCCGCGCCCCGAGCCGCCACCGCGUCCCUGCCUCGCGGGCCAUGGGCGCGGGCCUGUCUCGUCUGCACGUUCUGCCCACCUCCAGCAGCUAAUUUCUACGGACGUUUGCCACCAUGACUUGCAGGCCCCAAGCCGUGAGCCUCACCCUCCGGCCCGUGUGCAGAAAGAUGCAUCAUCUUCGCCUGUGGUCCAGGGCGCAACGAGUCAGCGUUCCAGGAGCUGUAGAUCACCGGCGCUAUGAUCAGCCCUCGCAUACCUCCCUUGGUGGCCCAUUGUCAGCAACUCGCACGUCAUGGACCACAGCAUAUGCCACGUCCGACACAGUCUCGAGAACGGACGACUAUGAGACUCAUAUAGCUCUCUUCGUUUUGGGUUUCAGCCGCCAAUUUAUUAGAUCAACACAGUUGUGGCCACCAAGAUUGCGAGCCACCCAUCGUACAUCUUGCGCCGUCGUCGAUUUACACCACUCGCCACCACUUGACCCGACUCCCGCGCCCAUCCUAGCCACUACCUACGAACCGCUCAGCGUGUUGUUAGUCGUCGUUGCCGCCUGGCCUCAACCUAUCAGAUUUGGCCCGGCAUCAUCACUCUCCUCUGGGCUGAGCCCCUCGAUGCCCGUGCCUACCCCCCUCACCGUCAGCGCCCUCGCGCAGCACAAUGGUGAAGGCUGCGUCUGCCCCAAGUGCAACCGAAGACCCAAGAAGAAGGCCCUCCGCCCCGACAGUGUCGUAGCCGUGCAUGGCAGCGCAAUCGCUGCCUUUGUCCGCUGGCCGCGACCACCCCCUGCGGAGUACCGUUUCGGGGACGAGACACCCACCAGCGCGAUCUCGUUGUCGUCAACAGGCGCUGUCGUGAAUGGUGACAACCAGCGCACGGACUCGCGGCGCCUGUCGGCAGACCCUCUGACCCGCCGUCACCGAGACGCUCCACUGUCCACCCAGCGCUCCACUUCAUCCUCUCGCCCCACAAUCCCUGCCAACCCCAGUUCGGCCCCCAUCCCAAUACCGCCACCCAAGCUACCCUCCACCCGCAAGCAUCGCGACAGCCUUCACCCCAACGACGCAUAUGACGUCGUGAUCAGCCACACACCCCGAAACUCCCUCGAAAUCCACCACCACGCAUAUGACCGCGCCAACCUGGCUCGCCGCAUGUCGCGCACGAGUAUUUCCUCGCCUUCCACACCCCCGCCACCGCCGUCAAUACGCAAGCGAGUCCGCUUCCAGCUGAAUGGACAUAGCAGUCUCAAAUACCCAGGAUACUAGGUCAUGCCGUGCUCGUCCUAGCGAGGGUGGGAGACUGGCUCGUGUGAGCCGCCGUCGUAUCUCUUUCCAACCGCCGGCACGAGCAGACACCCUAAUGCUCGUCUCGCUCUGUCCCAUCCUCAGGCUCCGCGGUGGACGCCAUGUUCUACAGUCGUGGAAAUAGACGACGUUUGUUCACAAUCCUGUUGUACAGACUCUUAAGAUAAAGAUGUAGUUCGGUCGAGUUGCAGAAGCUGAGGAUAUCGCCAACGCCUUCAAGGGUUGGGCACCCUUUCCUCCAUGGCUCUGCAUCGGACUCUACAAGUAACUCCGUUAGUGUAUCAUCAACUCCAAUACUCAAUCAUCUCCUAUAUGCCAUCUUGCCAAUCUCG